AACAGCCCAAGACGAGAUACGAUUCUCACAUUCCAUCCCCAAAGAAAACAGUAAACCGAAGAUACCUCGGCGUGGAAAUGGAUUAACGUCCGAAUAAAGCAUUCUCCUUUAUCUUGGAGGUGAAAAGUGUCGAUUUUUUCCUGCGAUGAAGUUACCCAAUUUGGCAAUUUCUUAAUAAUUUUUUUUCUUGUCGGCAAACCCAUUGAUGAUGGCACGUUUACCUGAAGGUUUUGUUCGUUAUUUGGCCUCUCACUCUCUUCUUUCUUCUGGUUGAUGCGAGUCGCGGGGAUCGACAGGUUACGGGCACUAGUUGUUUGACGAAAUGCCCCAACCAUGGUGUCUCUCACGCCAGGUUCCGCUUCCUGUUUCCCUGCUCGUAAUUCGUUGAUAGACUGUGGCACCCUUUUGUCUCUUCCUAUUUUCUGUUCGUUUAAUCCGAAAAAUUCGUCGAAAGCUUGCGUACAUCUCGCGCUUGGGAGGAGUCUUCUCGCUGCAAGACGGAGUGGUGGGUUGGGGCUAGGGUUUCUUGAGGUGAAGCAGAAGAAGAAGAAAGGUUCUUCUUGUUCGUGGUGUGGUGGUUUUUUGAGGAGGUGCGAGAAGGGUAGCACGGGUUGGGAGAGCGAGGGGACUAAGAAUCUGGAAGCGGAGAUUUUGGAGUUCAUGAAGAAUUCGGAGAAACCGGACAUGUUUCCGACCAAAAAGGACCUGAUUCGUUCCGGAAGAUCUGAUCUUGUCGAGGGUAUCUUAAACCAAGGCGGUUGGCUGGCAAUGGGUUGGGAUAUGGAUGGGGAGGAAGGACGAGGAAACGAAGGGAAAUUAUGCGUUCGAGAGAACGGUAGCGUCUUGGAUGAGGAUUUGGGUAUUGAGAAAAAGCCCCGAAACGAUUGUUCUCAAGAGAGAAAUGGAGCCUGGAGUUCUGGAAAUUCGGAUGUUGCCUUAAGUCUUUCAUCUUCUUCAUUGUCUUCACUAGAAGAGGAUGCUGGGUGUGAAAGUGGCAUUGAAGGUAUCUUGAGCAGGUUGGAGAAAGAAAGGAAUUUGGGUCUGGGGCUUAGCUUGCGAGAGAAAGGAAAAAGUAAUGGCGCCAUGAACGAUCUCUGCCACAACGGUCCACUUCCUGAGUCUUAUAUGAAAAUGAAAAAGCUCGGUGAACUUCGAGCAUUUACCGAGACAGAGUCAAACUGUAGUAGAAGCCUUAGUGAAGAGAAAGGAAAGAAGUUUCUUGAAAGCGAGUCGCUUUCAGGCAUGCAUGGCUUAAGUAAUUCGACUAUAUUGGAAUCAUGGAGAACAUGGAGCAUGAAGAGGGCUGGAGUUUCAGAUGCUGAUUUUGAAGCUGCCGAAAUCUCUCCUGGUAGUUUGGACGGUGGCCAGGAGAGGCUUGUCCUUGAUGAGAAUGUGGGUUCUGGUGAUUUCAUGAAGGGGGGAGAGAGAUAUAGUUCUGAUUCGGGACAGAUAAAUCAAACCCAUAUAAAGAGUCGCCUUCAGCAUCUACAGGCAGAACUUUCUUCAGUUCUUCGCUCCCUUAGAACUCAUACUGACGAAGCUGUGACAAGUAAGGAUAGAGAGAUGCAUUCUUCUGGCAGCUUGGAGAGCCUUUUUGACGAUUGGGAGUUCCAAGAGAACGAAAUCAUGAGUGCCCAGGAUAAUUUGCGGUCAACACGGGCGAAGUUGGCAGUUCUGGAAGGAAAGAUGGCAAUGGCUAUAACAGAUUCGCAAAGGAUUAUACGAGAGAAACAGAGAAGGAUAGAUCAUGCCCGUAGAGCUUUACGGUUACUCCGGGAUGCUCCCAUAGUUUGGCCUAAUUCAGCUUCGGAAGUUCUACUGGCAGGAUCAUUUGACGGCUGGUCGACCCAGAGGAAGAUGGAGAAAUCAAAGAAUGGCGUCUUUUCCUUGUCGCUGAAGUUAUAUCCGGGCAAAUACGAGAUCAAAUUUAUAGUAGAUGGGCAGUGGAGAGUGGAUCCGCUCCGCCCCAUUGUUAACCACGACGGGCAUGAAAACAAUCUACUGAUCAUCACUUGAUGUGAGGAAGCAGAAGGAUGAUGUUUUCUUUCGGGGGGUUUCGAUUUUUAUUUUACAAUGUAGGUAGAGGAGGAUGUAGCAGAGAGUUGUUACCCUUAUAAUGAUUCUUUGUAGGAAAACAAAAGCUGUGCAUAUUUCACAUUCUUCAUUAUCAUUUCGGUUUUCCAUCAUUC